CUUCAAAUGAAUGUUAAUUUUUUGCAAUUAUAGUGCAAGAGAAAUUGUUUUUAUUUUAAAUAGCUUGUCAUAAGAAUUGUUGAUAAGUUACUGUAUAAGUAUGUGUUGUCUGUUAACAAGUAGAGAAAAACAACACGUAGGUUUAAUUCAAUGUAACUUAUGAUAUAUUGUUACUUAUUAAUAAUAGUAAUCAAAUAAAAUGUAUAGUGUAUAAUUUUUUUAAAUAUUUGAUUACAAAAUGUAUGUGGUUCGUGUUAAUGUUAAUCAUGUUAUCAAAUAUAAUAAAAUAAAUGUGUGUGUGUGUUUAUACACACACACACACACACACACAAAACCAGUCUUAAGUCGCUGGGGGAUAUUUGUAGUAACAGAAAUACAUUAAAUGGGUUAAAAAAUUAUAUUUUUGUUUUAUGCCAAAUAUCUUUAGGAUAUUAAGUAAAGAUCAUGUUCCAUGAAGAUAUAUAUAUAUAUAUAUAGUAAUUUUACUAUUAAUAUGCAUUGCUAAGGGAUUUAUUUGGAUUAAUUUAAAGGCAGUUUUCUCAAUAUUUAGAUUUUGUUUGCACUCUCAUAUUCCAGAUAAUCAAAUAUUUGUUUCUUGGCCAAAUAUUGUCCUAACAAACAAAACAGGAAACAUUGCCUUUUCCAAAUAAACAUGCUUCCUAUAAUUGCUGAGAUUGAACAGUACUUUGCAAACUGUUUAGCCCUUAUUUUAGAUAGCCCCCCAAUGCAAAGUCCAUGGAUCACCAGCCUGUGUACAUGACCUAGACUACCAAACACCAGCACUAUAAACUGGCAUCUGUACCCAAGGUUCCCAAUGGUAGAUAUCAACGACUGAUAUUUUAAAGUCUUAGAGCAGUAAGAGUCCUCCAUAAACAAGUCAAAUGUACGACACCUCAAAUAGUGUAACUGUUUUGCCAUUCUGAGAGACAUUUACUAUAUCUGGUGUAUUAGCAAUUCCUAGAAAAGUGCUUGCAAAAUAUAGCAGAUGAUAGUAGAUAUGAGAUAUCGAUGAUUACAUUACAUAAUGAUUAACAGGAAGAGGGACUGUCAGUAACUAUUAUUCAUUUAGUUUUGAUUACUCAUGUAUUUCUUUGUUGUCUUUUCCCAAUCUCUCCACAGGUUGAAUGAGAACGACGUUGAGAAUGAGCUGUUGGACUAUGAGGAGGAUGAGGUGGUCAGGGACACAGGCCUCGGACACAACAGUGGGAUAAUAUCCAUCAGGAAAGAAGGGGUCAAAUAUGUGUCCAUCCACUCCUCAGGAUUCAAGGAUUUCCUUCUCAGACCAGAACUGCUGAGAGCUAUAGUGGACUGUGGAUUUGGACAUCUGUCGCAGGUUCAGGAUGAAAGCAUUCCUCAGGCGAUCCUGGGGAUGGAUGUAUUAUUAUAGAAGACGGCUGUCUUUGUGUUGGCUACCCUUCAGCAGCUGGAGCCAGUGACAGGGCAGGUGUCAGUGUUGGUAUGUCACACCCGAGAGCUGGCCUUGCAGAUCAGCAAAGAGUAUGAGCGCUUCUCCAAAAACAAGCCCAGCGUUAAAGUGGCAGUGUUCUUUGGUGGUUUAUCUAUAAAGAAGGAUGAUGAGGUUCUGAAGAAAGAGAGCCCUCAUGUGGUGGUGGAAACUCCUGGAUGCAUUUAGCGUUUCAACCUGCGCCACAUCAAGCACUUCAUCCUGGACGAAUGUGACAAGAUGCUGGAGCAGCUUCACAUGUGGCGUGAUGUCCAGGAGAUCUUUCGUAUGACCCCUCACGAGAAGCAGGUCAUGAUGUUCAGUGCCACCCUGAGUAAAGAGAUCCGUCCCGUCUGCAGAAAGUUCAUGCAAGAUGUAAUUACGCCUCUCUUACUUCUAUGUCAGCAGCUCCUUCCUUUCACAAGACCACCUCAUACCCAUUUACGGCCUCCCUGAGACAUCGUAACACUAAAUGCCCCUCCUGCUGCCCGUUUGAUAAUCACAGACUGUUAACUAAUAGAGGCACAGUGAAAAAGAUGUUAAGUGCUGAAUCCCCACCUCAGCUGGCAAUGCUGCGUCUGCAUUUGGCAAACAGAUUUGCACCAUCCAUCAGGGUCAGUCCACUCUAAAUAUAAAUAGGUCCUUUAACAACCUUGGAUAAAGUCAUGAAGAGUCCAUCCAAUGUAUUUUAAACAGGAUACGAGGAUUUCUUUAAGGGAAGGAUCUAGUGUAUCUUUAAAUUCACUUCAGAGCCGUAAAAUUCAAAGCAUGAACCAUUUAGGCAUUUAGAGACCCAAAAUCCUUCCCGUUUGAAUAUUAUUUCACUCUCAGUUUCUAUUUAUUAUGAUAAAUUGCUUAAGUUCAUGUUCGACUGUAAUUCCAGCCUAGUGAUCUGUCCUCAAAUAACCUUUAAUUAAGAGGAGAAGCACUUGUCGGAGCUUCGUGAAUUCUGUUGUCACCUGCCAGAGACUCUCAAGAGGCACAAAACUAAAACCGAUAAAGUGGCGGCCCGACAAAGCAAGCUGCUAAAAACUACAUUAGAUUCACAAGAAACUGGCACUACAGGGCUGCAGUUAAUUUCUCCUUAACAAAGAAGACAGCAGGAAUACAAUGAAAUAAAAGAUUCAGUCUUUGGUGGCUUAAAUCAGUUCAGGUGGACCAGCCGAUGAGGGAACAGCUCUUCAUCAAUCCAGCUGACAGUCUCUGCCCCCAAGAAAAAAGACUAACUGUCUGUCGCUAAGUUAAAUUCAAGGCGAUAAAACUGGCCCGAAGCGGUGGGGAAAGAAUGCGCGGGUGUAAGGGACAAGAGAAGAGAGCGAAAGGGAGGAUUAAGCUGCAGAAGACUGGAGCGAGAGGGAUGAGCUGAUGAAGAAACUCAGAUGAGAGAGAGGAGACAUGCGCGGGUGUAGAUAGAGGCGCUCUUGAAGAACCAUUGGGUGGCCAGACUCAAAAAAAAAAAAAACGUAAAUAGUACAAUACAACUUUGAGCCCCUUUGAAAUAUUCAGAAUGAUUGUGAGGGGCGUGGCUUCACUUAAUAUUCAUGAGCAAAUCUCCUUGCACCAUAAUAUACUUUAAAAUGGGUAUUUUUAACACACAGAUUCUAACAUCCACUCUCUUGUGCUUAUUUAGUGAGAGUUACAAUACAUAAAUACCAUUAAACAUAAGGUUGAAGACAAUAUAGGAAAAUGAGCUUUAGACCAGCUCAGCAGCAAAUAGAGGAUUCAUUGACAGACAGUAAAGAGGUUUGUCUAAACGUCUCGAAGGUAAGUGCAAAAGUGCAUUUAGCAGUGCUACUGUGUCAGACACGGCUGGAGGUGGAGUUUAGCGCUUCUGUCAUGGGACUAAUAGUUAGAUUUUGAUCUCAGUCCUUUUCCACGGGCUUGUUUUAGUAGCCCAGAUCCUAAAACAUAAGUCUACCAGAUCAGGUCAGAUUGAGGACGUUCUCUGUAUGUUUAAUUCAACAAUCAGGCACAUGAAUUUGGCCUUCUGAACCUCCUACUGCUAAAUGUUCAACAGUGUUGCAGUAUGGUGUGAGGUGGUUUAUGAGUGUUUAAAGUCAACAUGAAAAGUCAGCAUUCAUAACUUGUAUUACUUGCGUAGAAAGAGACCAUUUCCAAAUGUGGGGUGGGACUUGAUUGAAUGGUGGAUGGUGGAGUGGACCAUACUUUUAAUGCAUGUUGCAAUCAGCUGCCACAUGCUUUUGACUGGUUUGGUGGCUGAAUGUUGAAAUUACCCGAUUGUUAUGCUUUUAAAUAAUGGAGUUAACUGCUAGCAAGAUUUAUAGAAAGGCUGGAUUGCAUACAUCAGUAGCCUAAAAGUCAAGCUAAAAAAUGUAUUGGACUUUUUACACCAUUCAAAAGCUUAAGACCGACUGAAGUUGUACCAGAUCUAGAUAAUGCACUUGCACUUUGCUUUCAUUUAACAUGUACUCACAUUAAUCUGACUAUAACUGGCUUGGUACUUACUGACUCUAUGGCUGUUUGGCUGUUGUUCGAAGAUGGGCUUUGUUCAAUCCAUCGGUUGUUGAUUGGAUGGAGGCAGAUCUUAAUGCAAGUCUGCAGUCGAUUGUAUAUGAAUUAAAAGGACUAAAUGAUUGGAAAAGUCUGGCCAGAGAGAUGUCUGUCAUUUCUCCAAUUUGCCAAAAAGUAAAAUAGCUACAAAUUGCAAUGGGUUUGUUGCUGUAGCCUUGAUGAAAUCAUCCAAAAAAGAGAUGUUAAGGCAGAUCAAGUUAUUACAUUUUAAUGAAAGGCUACAUUGUUCUGUGGAAUAAUGUGCUCUGAUGAAUCAGUCGUGUUAUGAACAGGAGUGUGUAUUUAGAAAGCAAAUAGGGUCAAAGAGGCUUUCGAUUUCAUGUUGACUUGAUUCUACUUAAAACUCAUUUCUGUCAAACUGCACAUUGCUUGAUGUAACAGAAGUAGUUUUACUCUGUGUUUCCUCUAUAGUAGAACUGUUUAUUUAAAAAUAACACAGAUAAGAUUUUAGGCUUGAUAUUGGUAGCUAAAAGUAGCCUAGGUCAGCAGGGAAGCAUUUAUCAACGUGUUGAGACAGUAAGUGUGUGUGUGUGUGUGUGUGUGUGUUGUGUCCUCAUUGGCUUGGGACGGGAGGGGAGGGUGAAUCUAACCCCCAUCCCUUCUCUUCCUUCCCUUUCUCCUGCUGUUUCAUAACUCUCUCCUUCCUAACACCAUGUUCUCCUUCUCAUUGUCAUCUCCUCCCCCACCACUGUCCUUCUCUAAACUCUUUAUACCUCUAUUGUCCAUUAUUUUUCUUUGUUCUUUGUCUGUCUUGCUGUUUCCACCCAUGCCAUAAACACCACUUCCUCUUUCACACCCUUGUAACAUUAUUAUCCGCACCACCCUUGUCUUGUCAACGUUCCUGUGUCUUCACAAUGUGAACCUGCAUGCUCCUCUCCCUCCCCUCCUCACCUUCCCCCUGCUUCCACUGGUUGUCCUAGCCCAUGGAAAUGUUUGUGGACGACGAGACCAAGCUGACGCUUCACGGCCUCCAGCAGUACUACGUCAAGCUGAAGGACAACGAGAAGAACAGGAAGCUCUUUGACCUCCUGGACGUGUUGGAGUUCAAUCAGGUGGUGACCUUCAUCAUCGCCUUCAACUACCACAUGCCUGAAGAUUCAGACACAUACCUGCACAGGGUUGCGAGGGCCGGCAGGUUUGGAACGAAAGGUCUGGCCAUCACCUUUGUCAGAUGAGACUGACGCCUGCACUUUGAACGAUGUUCAGGACAGGUUUGAGGUAAACAUCAGUGAACCUCCAGAGGAGAUUGACAUCUCUUUUUACAGUGAGUGCAUGGUAAUAUUCAGUCUUUACAGACAAUUUUCCAAUAAAAGAGGUUUUAAAGGGAUUUAAAAUUUGCGCAUGUAUUCAUUGUUAUUUCAGAAUCCUGUUCAACUGCAUUUUUUUUUCCUGAGGAACACACAAUAUUUUGAAGAAUGUCUACGUUGCUUUUUUCCAUAAAAAAAAAAAAAGAAAGUUAAUGGGAUUUUUGUUAAUAGAAAAUUUCGAAAUUGUCCAUAUUUAGACAAUGUUUAGAGGAAACACGUCAAAACAGUUCUUAUGUUAUAUGAAUUUAUGCACUUAUGUAAUUUUCUCUUUUUGUAUCUUUCUCCAAGUAGAACAAACACGAUAAAGACGACACACCACAAAAGGUAGCAGUUUCUUCGGAGGAUGCAUGGCAUUGUAGCAACAGAGUUUGUCUGUCACACAGACUGUUAUGGUGCUGGUGAAAAAUAAGUUCAUAUAUCAGUGUUAUCAUAUAAUGUAGUGGAUCUCCUAAUACCUCCUCAGUAGUUCAGUUUGAUUUUGCUUGUUGACAAAAAAAAGAAAAAAAAAAAGCAUUAUUUUCAAUGUUAAUAUUUUUCCUCACAAUAUAGUAAUAUAAUGCAGAGGCAUAAUUUUAGUUUUCUAUUGUGAGAGGAGGCGUUUUCAUCAUUGGAUUAAAAUGGACCAUAUAGUUGAUUGCAUUGAUAUUAAAUGGUUUGAAAGUUGUUUAAUAUAUUAGCAGUAAAUGCAAAAUGCUUGUUACCAGUGAAGUAGCUAUCAACAAAAUGAGUUCAGUGUAUGUUCAGCUGCCAGAACAAUGGCCACUUUGUUUAAACCACUUAAGUUUUGUUAAACCAAAUAAAGUAUGUCUGUUUAAUUUA